GAACAGACGGCGCGCGUUUUGAGUGACAGCAGAAUAUAGAGACAAAACAGACGGCGACGUCAGCGCGCAUGCCGACGUCAACCGCGACGCUGCUGUCAUUAGUCCGUGGAGAUGAUGUGAGCGCAGACACUUGCUGUGCCAAGCGAAUCGAAGAAAAUUUUGUCAAAAAAAAAAGCAAAAAAACAUAUUUGGGAAAAUCUGUUAGCCGAAACACUCGUACAAUUUUCAAUAAUUCCCAAAAUUCACUGUGAAAAACUCGUUCACGCGUUUUUUCUUAAUUAAAAUUUGUUAUAUGAAAAAUACAAAAAAAAAAAAACAAAAAUAAUAAUAACACAACAAUAAAAGUUUCCAUGAAAAUUUGCAAAAAGUGCAAAGAAAAUAAUAACAAUUGUUGCGAAUGAAACAAGCAAAAACAAAAACCCCCAAAAAAGUAGAAAGUGGUGAAUGCAAUAAAAGUACGCGAAACAAAAAAUAUCAACAUAUAAAAAAUAAAUAAAAUUACAUCAAAAUUACAACAGCAACAACACGCAGCCGUGUUAAUAUCAAAACACACAAAAAUAAAAGUAGAAAAGAGUAAAAAUAAACAAUGACACGCCUCACCGAGGAAAUGGUCAUUGCUCGCUCCAAGCAAUCGGAUUUGGGGUCCAUCAAAAAGCUCAAUUGCUGGGGAAGUGAUCUCAGCGAUGUCUCCAUAAUUAAAAGAAUGCGUGGUGUGGAAGUUUUGGCGCUAAGUGUCAACAAAAUAACCACAUUGCAACCAUUCGAAGACUGCCUAAAACUUCAGGAAUUAUAUUUGCGUAAAAACAAUAUACAGGAUAUUAAUGAAAUUGCUUAUUUGCAAAACUUGCCAGUACUCAAGUAUUUGUGGUUGGAGGAGAAUCCAUGCUGUGAUCGAGUUGGACCCAGUUACCGCCAAACAGUGCUGCGCGCCUUGCCGAAUCUCAAGAAGUUGGAUAAUGUGGAGGUGACGCAAGAGGAGCUCGAUGAGGCGUUGCGCGCUGGUGGUAGCGGCAGUGGCAGCGGUGGUACGCGCGAAGAGGAAGACGUCUAUGAGGAUAGCUAUGCGCAACAACAACCACCGUCACGUUACGAACAACCAUCGCCUCCACAGCAACAACAAGCGCAACAAAAUCACUACCCGCCACAACGACAACAACAGCAACAGCAGCAGCCACAACAACAACAAGCGUCGCAAUAUCAACACCAUCCGUCACCGCAACAGUAUCAACAACAACAACGACGCAGUUCCAGUCCAAUGAAAGAGCCCUCGACACAAAAUAGUCCGGCAAAUACUGAGGAAAGCGCCAGCGAGCCAAGCAAAAGCAACGAGGUCUCAAAACCGGCCUCACCCGCACAGGAGCCAGUUGCGCAUACACCCUCACCGAAAUAUAAUUCAUACACGAACGUGAAUCGGUUGUCUUAUCAUCAAUAUGAUCAGCGCUCCCCAGGCUCGGACCAGGAUAGUCCGCAUGUGGGGUAUCGGGAACGCGCGCCCAUACCGCCUAGCAUAUCCACACAAUCGAUGAAGGAAUACUAUCAGUCUGACCGUCCGUCCUAUCCUGCCCAUUAUCGUCACAGCCAAACCGAUCUGACCGAGUGGGAGGAGCAUCAGCAGCACAAUCAAUUCGGCAGCACAGCUGCGCUGCAUCAUGUGGGUGGUCCGCGUCGUGGUGACGUCAGCGACCGUUAUGCGUAUCGAAAUGGUAGCGCGCGCGAAAAUGGUGGCGAUUGGGAGGACGCAGAACGGCCGCGACCCAGGCGGCCCGAUGGACGCUACAGCGACUCUGCCAGCACCGUCUCAACAGCUGUACUUAAUCAUUAUUCGGGCUAUCACCGACGUCCCAUAAAUCGGAGUUCUAAUCUGUUAUCAGCAACGCUGUGUCUCGUCAAGGAGCUGGACUACCCGAGCCUGGAGGUGGUGGAGCAUGCAGUGCGUUGUCGCAUCGAUGAGCUCUCCGCCGAUUGAUGAUGAACGCGCCGCAUGCCAUCCUACUGAGGAUUGCGGCGGCCACAAUGAAGCGCCCCACUAAACACUUGCCAGUGGAACUUCGAAACAAAAACAACAACAAAGCAAAAAUGAAAAAUAAAAACGAAAGAACUGUAUGGUAUGGACCAACAAGUAGGCGACGGAAAAGCGAUGAACGAGACAAGGGCGAUGGACUGUAAAUACUCACGACCUGAUGGUGGGCAUGACACCACAAAUUGGCCACGAAUAUUAAACUAAUUUAACUACUUUCUUGCGAUUAACUAAAAUUAAGUAAUUUUACUAGAAUUUUUGGUUCGACAAUUUAUUUUUGUUUAACGGUAUUUAACUCGUACAUAAAUGCAAUGUAAUUAAAGAAAUUUGCUGAUUGCUAACAAAAUUAGUAUUUAUAGUUAAAAUAGCUGACUUUUUUGAAAAGUGAAGGUGCAAUGAUGAAGUUGGUGGAAUUGUUGAGCGAAAGCGCUAAGAAAUUCGCUGCCGAAAUUUAUGUACAAUAACGGUAAAAUGCAAACCAAAUAAGGUUAUAGCAUGAAAACUGCAGCAAGUGAGAAUGAAAAUGGAAGAAAAUAGAAAAAAAAUUGCAGUUGAAACAGACUUGCCACAUAAACACACAGACACAUAUACAAAUAAACUUAAAUAGCAUACAAAUAAAUAACUUUUAUAUAAAUUUAAAUUUUAUUUUAAAUUAAAAUAAUAGAAAAAUUGCCAAUGGAAUUCAACGAACUAUUGAAAACCAACAAAAAAUAAAUAAAAAUAACAAAAAUGCAAAAAAUUAUAUAGUUACAUAUGCCUGUAUGUAUGU